CCUGUAUAUCGAUUAAGUGGAGCCUCUCGAACUCUUCAUUACAAAUAUGCAAGGCAGGGAGAAAUCGGACAGGCAAUGGGUCAUUGAUGUAGUGAAUGGGAAUGUCAAAUUGAACCGCGAGGAGGAGGCGGAGGAAUGGACACAUCGUUGUAUUUACAAAAUCCCGUCCUACCUCCAUGAGCUCCAGAAAGGGGCCUUCACUCCCAGGCUUGUUUCGCUGGGCCCAUUCCACCUCGGCAGCCUUCACCUCCAACCCAUGGAGCACCACAAGCGUCGUGCGCUCCUCCACUUCCAUUAUUGCUCGAAACACUCGGCCGAUGUCUACCUCGAGGCCCUUGGAGCCAUAGAGCGGAAGCUCAGGGCAUGCUAUGAGUGGCCUGAUGAGCUGCCCGGAUUGGAGAGUCCCGAGUUCCUUAACAUGAAGCUGCUCGACGGUUGCUUCUUGCUUGAAUUCUACAGCACAAACGAAGAGGAAAACUGCUCAGGCUACGCAGACAAUGACCCAGUGUUCGGCCCCAAAUUUCUUCUUGGACAAAUGAUUCACCACCUGGUGCUGUUGCAAAACGAAAUCACGUUGCUGGUCUUGAAGCUACCCUACGUAACCAUUACCCCAGAUGAGGUUAUUCUACAGAAUUUUGGAUCACAUGAAAAACUUGUGUCGAUUCUUAUUCGUUUUAUCUUUUUAUGGCAUUUGGAACAUAAAACCUAUCAAUUGAAUAUGAUAGCAUUCAAGCAGUUGCACGUGGACAUGGAUAAUUCGAUCAGCUCAUAUGUAGAUUUGAUGGAUAACCUAAUAAACACAGCGAAAGGCAUCCAACUGCUAGUAGAUUCAGGCAUAAUAGAGAACAAGAUGCAAAGUGAGCAAGAGGUGGCUGAGCUCUUCAAUAGGGUCACUAAGGGAAUGGAAUUUUUUGGUAAUCGCCGCUUAUAG